AUGACCUCCAAAGAUUACUACUUUGACAGUUAUGCCCAUUUUGGUAUUCAUGAGGAAAUGAUGAAGGACGAAGUUAGGACUCUAACUUACAGAAAUGCCAUGUACCACAAUAGACAUCUUUUCAAAGAUAAAGUGGUCUUGGAUGUUGGAUCGGGGACAGGUAUCCUGUGCAUGUUUGCUGCCAAAGCUGGUGCCAAGAUGGUCAUUGGGAUUGAAUGUUCUAGUAUCAUUGAACAAUCAGAAAAAAUAAUUCAGGCAAAUAAAUUGGAUCAUGUAAUAAAAUUGGUCCGUGGUAAGGUUGAAGAAGUUAUCCUACCUAACGGGAUCGAGAAAGUUGACAUCAUAAUUAGCGAAUGGAUGGGGUAUUGUCUGUUUUACGAGUCUAUGCUGAAGACCGUUAUCUACGCUCGAGACAAGUGGCUGGCACAAGGAGGACUCAUAUUUCCUGACAGGGCCUCACUCUACAUAUGUGCCAUCGAGGACAGACAGUACAAGGAUGAGAAAAUUAACUGGUGGGACAAUGUGUACGGUUUUGAUAUGAGCUGCAUAAAGAAGGUAGCAAUUUCCGAACCACUGGUAGACGUGGUUGACCCGAAGCAGGUAGUCACCAACAACUGUUUGCUGAAGGAAGUGGAUAUGUAUCGGGUGACGGAGGAGGAUCUCUCCUUCUCUUCUCAGUUCUGCCUCAUGUGUAGGAGGAGUGACUAUGUACAGGCUUUUGUUACUUACUUCAAUAUUGAUUUUACCUGCUGCCAUAAGCCUACUGGCUUUUCUACAGCACCGGGAGCCAGGUACACCCAUUGGAAGCAGACGGUCUUCUACAUAGAUGACUACCUGACUGUGAAAUCCAACGAGGAGAUUGUGGGCGUCUUCCAUAUUAAACCCAAUACCAGGAAUAAUAGGGACUUGGAUUUUGUGCUAGAUGUUUCUUUCCACGGAGAUCUAUCAAGUCUCGAUACGUCAAUGACAUAUAAAAUGCGUUAA